AUGCAGCUUAACAACCAGCCCAACAACUCAUCACGAAGUAAAGCCCGCCGUCCUUCCUACGAUCCUCUGAAACGGUCACCGCUAGCCUGCAACCGUUGUCGCGGCCGAAAACAGAAAUGUUUGGGGAUACCACCUCACCCUUGCACUGCUUGUGAAGAUGCCGGCGUUGAAUGCACGUAUACCGAGAAUGAGAGGCGUAUUCCUGUCCCAGAAAGCUAUCUCCUCGAGCUCCAGGCACGAGCCCAACUUGCCGAUAAUUCCACAAGGUCUAGACAGAGCAGCGACGCAUCUCCCUUCAAGACCCAGAUUGAGCCCGACAGAGAUGACGAUGCCUGGUGGUACAAAGGAAUGGACAAUCUGUUCCUGACAAAGUCUGGAGAGAGGCAUUAUGUUGGCACAGCCUCGUCGACCUAUCUUGCCCAAAAGCUCAAUCCGACACCGGACAACAAUUUGUCCUGGGACGUUCAUCCAAUGUACAAAGAUCCUUCCUCCCUGCGACGUCCCCAAAAUCGGGUCCUACCACAACUGCCUCCAUACGACUUCGCUAAACGCCUCUUUGGGGCUCAAUACAUCUAUAUCGGCACAAUUUUCUCCUUUCUGCAGCCUCGAACCUUCGAAGACAGACUCCAGCGAGUCUACACCAAUCCCCCCGACCUAGAAAAUAUCGAGGAGUGUCUCGCCUACUGCCAAAUUCUGCUGAUCUUCGCAUACGGCCAGAUGUACUCUGUCAAUCAAUGGUCAGGAAGUGAUGGCCCCCCUGGAUUCACUUACUUCAAGCACGCUUUGUGGCUCCUUCCAGAUAUCCAUCAGGAAGGCUCUGUCCUAUUCGUGGAGGUGUUAGGUCUCCUCUCACCCUAUUUACAGAAUUUGAAUCGAAAAGAUGCUGCCUUUCUCUACAUCGGCCUGGCCCUAAGAAUGGCCAUCUCUCUUGGUCUCCAUCAAGAGGUGGACGACCCUGGAAUGGAUGUGGUCGAGAGAGAACAUCGACGAAGGGUUUGGUGGUCUGUCUAUAGUAUGGACAGGAUUCUGUCAGUCAAAUCGGGGAAUCCAGUAUCCAUCCACGACGAAGAUAUUGACAUCGCCUUGCCAAGCCCCAUACCAGGAGUUGAGCCCGAAUUCUCGCCUCCCCGGGUCAUGGCACACUAUACCCAGCUGUCAAGGAUUCUCGGAAGGAUUGGUGAGGGCAUUUACCGGAAGAAAUCCAAGUCAGGAACAAGCUUGCUUGCUUCUGUCCAAAGCAUCAUGAACGAUCUAUCAAACUGGCUGAAACACGUGCCACCGGAGCUAAGAAUUGAUUUCAAGGCGCUGGACCGACCUCUCUCACGGGAAGGGGUCUCGACAUUCCUUCACUAUUACCAGUGCAUUAAUAUGACAGCAAGGCCGCUGUUGCUCUACGUCAUUCAGAGAAGGCUGGAAGCCCUUGCCAGUGGAACAGCUUCGCCCACCUGGAAGCAAGGACUUUCCCCGAGCGUCGUGGCAGUGAUCGACAGCGCCAUUACCGCUGCUAGCGCUGGCACUAUGAUCAUGAGCGCGGCAGCGAAGCAAAAUCUCUUUGCAACCUAUGGCUUCAUGGAUGGAGAGCACGCCUUUUCGGCAUCCUUGACUCUUGUCAUGAUCAAUGUUGCCUUUCCAUACGACGACAGAAAUGCAAGAUCCAUGGAGACUGCACUUUCUGUCCUACAAGGCAUGGCGCAGAAGGGGAACGAGUAUAUCCAAGCUCGGCUGGCACUUCUGAUAAGCCUUCGUUCCUCGAUUGGGCCACGAGCUUCAAGUUACAGGCAUCUAACAGAACCGCCCGCGACACUGACCAACUUCCCGGGCAGAAGCCCAAGUCAGGGUGCACAAUAUGCAGGUUUGCCCUUGGACGCGCCACAGCCUUUGCGGGAGACCAGUCCACAGUUUGACAAUAGUUUCCAACCCCUACAAGAUAUUGCCCUCAACCUUGACACGGAGGACGACCCCACCUUCUGGGAAGAAAUAUCUGGAACUAUUGACAUUGAUAUGGACAGCACUGGCUGGAUCGAGAACGCGUUACGAAAUGAAGCCUAUCAAUUUCAGCACAGUAUGUAG